CGCAUCUCUUCAGUCUGCCCGCGACUAUGACUCGUGCAACUGAGUCGAAACGUCGGGAAGACGCACGCUAUAAAGCAGUUAGAGCUUUUCGUGUUAGGCAGAUGGAGGCUCAUCAACAUCUGCAGUUCCUUAGCACUCACGAAGUUGCUCUUGGUGCAGUCCAGGGCUUGGCUCAACAACCAUUGCCGGAUUUCUGCUGGAGACCGCGACGCCUGGAGAAGUGGAAUGAAGUCACCUAUUUUAGAGAGGAAGUUGGAGACAUUGAUAAAGGAAAGUUCAUUGAAGAAAAUAACGUCAUGUGCUACAUCGCGUGCGUCUACACUAUGGGACAAGCCGUAAAGAACAACAAGAUAAUGCACGACGCGAUGUUGAAGCAAGUGGACAUGUUGUUCCCGCCAGAAAUGAAGGAGCCCGUCAAAGCAGCCAUAGAGCAAUGCAGGCCCGUCGCUAAAAAAUACAAGGACAUCUGCGAGGCGUCGUAUUGGACGGCCAAGUGCAUUUACGAAGCUGACCCGGACAACUUCGUUUUUGCUUCUUCUUUAUAUUUAUGGCCGAGAAAGAAAAAACACAGUCUUUGCUCUACUUUAACUAUGACUAAAGGAACUGAUUUGUUUUUGUUGCUGUUGGCGUUUUUUAUCAGUUCCAGUGAUGCGAUGACCAGACAGCAACUGAAAAAUUCAGGGAAAAUGUUGAGAAAGAACUGCUUGACAAAAACAGGAGUCGCAGAAGAUUUAAUCAGCGGUAUCGAGAAAGGCAAAUUCAUAGAGGAUAGAAAUGUUAUGUGUUACAUUGCUUGCAUUUACCAGAUGACACAAGUCGUAAAAAACAAUAAACUGAACUACGAAGCGUCUAUCAAACAGGUGGACAUGAUGUACCCCAAUGAUCUAAAGGAAUCUGUCAAGAAAUCCAUCGAAAAGUGCAAAACUGUUUCUGAUAAAUACAAGGACCUCUGCGAGGCGUCGUACUGGACGGCCAAGUGUAUCUACGAGGACAAUCCGAAAGAUUUUAUAUUUGCUUAGUUCAAUAAAAACAUUCCAUUUUGUA